AUGGCCGCACGAGCUUCUUCUAUUCUUCGCCGCUCCUUGCUCUAUGUUCCCGCGUCUUCUCAGAAGAUGCUCUCCAAGUCUCUGGCCUUGACGACGGACAAUGUCACAUACGACUUGGAGGAUUCUGUGACUCCCUCUCAGAAGGGAAAUGCUCGAAGCCAGUUGAAAGAGCACAUCUCCAACCUCAAGUCGCGUCCUUCUACUAUUUCAGAGCUUGCUGUUCGAAUAAAUGCGGUCUCCACCCCGUUUGCACUUGAUGAUCUAACCACACUGUCAUCUGCGGAUCAGAUUGACGCCAUUGUUGUGCCCAAAGUCAAUUCGGCAGCCGACCUGACCUUUGUCACUGAUGUACUGCGACAUGUCUCUCCAGAACGCCAUCAUGAUGACUCAACAAACCCAAUCAAGAUUAUAGCGCUCAUUGAAUCCGCCCAAGCAGUCAUGGACCUUUCUUCCAUAUGCAAAGCCUCCCCCUUCCUCAGUGGCUUGAUAUUUGCAGCCGAGGACUUUGCGCUUGACCUUUCGAUAACAAGGACGCCUUCUCUAACAGAGUUCCUCUAUGCACGGUCAGCUAUUGUUACUGCAGCUCGAGCACAUAAUCUUCCAAGCGCCAUUGAUCUGGUUUGUACUUCCUAUCGAGGUGACGAUGGACUCCGGACACUGGAAGAGGAAUGCCAAGGCGGAAAAGCCAUGGGUUUCAACGGCAAACAGUGCAUACAUCCCGGGCAGCUAGAUACUGUCCAGAGAAUGUUUGCUCCAGACAUAAAAGAUGUGGAGUGGGCUGUCCGUGUCACCAUUGCCGACGAAAAGGCCGCAGCUGCCGGACGUGGUGCGUGGACUCUUGACGGGAAGAUGAUCGAUGCUCCAGUGGUUGGGAAAGCACAUGCAAUAACUGCCAAAGCAGAGCAAUGUGGAAUUCGCGUGCAGGAUCUAAGAGCAAAAUGGAAGGAUCAAGAGCCAGAGUAG